AUGAGCAAAUUGGCUGACUACAGCGAUGCUAUUGUGAGGGUUCGUCUGUCAGGCAGCCAACCGGUCACUACUGAUCCUCUGGGGGUAGACGAGGCCCCAGAUCCUAAGAAACAGAAGACUUGCAAAGCCUCACGAAGUGCAAAGAAGAAAGAGAAAGGGGCGGACAAGGUUGGAGGCCAGGGAUCGGAGCAUUCUGCAGACGUCCAAGAUUUUGAUGUCUCAUCAUUCUGCCUGGCCACCAAGUCGCAGUUUUUUCAGGCGAUGUUGGACAGAUGGUCUGGCAGCGAAGGAUCCAAGAGAGUGCUGGAGAUCCAGCUGGGAGCCGACGAGUUGCAGCACUUCUAG